UUGCACCAACUUCCGUCGCGCGGCAAGCCUUGCCACGUCCUGUUGUGUAUACGUUGUUUGUGCUCCACGGCCGUCAGCCCCGGGCUUCGUAAAGUUAGGUCGCAAAACUCAAACCCAUUCAAAUUUCUCUCGCGUUUGUCAAGUCGGCUUUUUUCGCGAUUUUCACCGGGAUGUCUCACCACAGUCUAAAAUCCACCAGCCAUGGAUAUUGCGAAGCUAUCUUCUCGACUUCGCCGAGGGGUGCCAAAAAGGAGAAUACCGUCCCCGCGAUAAAAACGAAGAAAAAAUUGUUUUCUCCCUUGUCCAGUGAGCCAUCCACUUUGACAAAGACUCAAAAUAAGACCAUGCACUGCCCUUUGAGAAAGGCAUCAUCAAAACCUGAAAUAACAGAGACUUUAGGGCCUCCGAGCUCGUCUGACGCAGAGCCAUAUCUGAAACCUACAAAUCAAAUGAAACAGGACAAUACAAUCUCUAAUGGUAUCACUCCCAAUGACAAAAAUCUGAAGACUCCAGCCAGAAGAAAAUUUGUCAGUGGAUCGUCCAACCCUCCUGCCAUACAGUUGUAUACACCCAAGCAUUCGAAAGCAGUUAAUACACCCAGUGCCAAUGCCAAAUCGAAUGUUUUAUCUAAUGCACGAACACCUGUGAAACGUUACUUCAGCGAUAAUGCUCUGUCACAGAGCACUCCAGAUUGUUUUAAUGCAGUUCACUUGGAAACUCCAUCUCAUAAAAUUGAUGACAUAGUGGUUGGAGAACAGACCAUGUAUGAGGGUGAGAGUAGUAAUCUCACAGUUGGAAUACGUAUUAGACCAUUGAAUGCCAAAGAAUUAAAUGAUCCAAAGAUUACAACAGUCAUACAAGGGAGUGGUCAGAGUGUUAACGUGGAAUGUGAAUCCGCGCAUCACACUUUUAUGUAUGAUCAUUGCUUUGUUUCAUACGAUGACCCACUUACACCUGGUCAUGCUAGCCAAGAGGUCGUUUUUCGCAAUAUGGUAUUACCCUUGGUGCAAAAUGCUUUCGAGGGUUACAACGUCUGCUUGUUCGCGUAUGGACAGACGGGAUCUGGAAAAAGUUACAGUUUAAUGGGCACAGAAUCCGCACAAUUAAGCGCAACGCCAUUCGACGAGAAAGUUGGUAUCAUUCCGAGAUUUUGUCAGGAGAUAUUUACACGAGCGCAUGAUAAUCCACAGAUUGAGACUACCGUAGAAAUUAGUUAUUUUGAAAUAUAUAACGAAAAAAUACAUGAUCUUUUGGCGAAUACAAAUGGAUUGAAGAAGGCUCCCCUUAAAGUGAGGGAGCAUCCUGUCUUCGGCCCCUAUGUCGUAGAUUUAAGUCAGCAUUGUGUACAAAAUUACAAAGACUUACAGACUUGGCUUAAAGUGGGAAAUUCGCAAAGAGCCACAGCUGCGACUGGUAUGAACGAGAAGAGUUCACGAUCUCACAGUAUUUUUAGUAUUAUAUUAACUCAGGCACAUUUGAAUAACCAGACGGAUUGUGAGCCACUCGACGCUAAUCGUCGCAGUAAAAUUAAUUUGGUCGAUUUAGCCGGUAGCGAGAGACUAAGCCAAACUUCUGCGACUGGUGAUAGAUUGAGGGAAGGUGUAUCUAUUAAUAAGUCUUUACUUACCCUGGGGAAGGUAAUUGCAUCACUCACGGAGAAUACAAACAAUCGUAAACAAGGUUUUGUGCCGUAUCGUGAAUCGGUGUUGACAUGGCUGUUAAAGGAGAGCCUGGGAGGAAAUUCACGAACGGCGAUGCUGGGAACGGUGUCACCAGCAAAUAUUCAUGUGGACGAAACCCUGGCGACCCUUCGAUACGCAUGCCAGGCGCGAGCUAUCGUCAAUCGAAUCCGCAUCAACGAAGAUCCGCAUGAUCGAUUAAUUCGCGAAUUAAAGGCCGAAGUACUGCGUUUACGCGCUGUACGCCAGGGCUAUGAGAAGCAGUUUGGAGUUAUACCUCGUCGAUUGCUCGAGCCGAGAUACUCCCCGUACGAUUGGAAAGCUAUACGAAAGCAAAAGGAAAUUGACGAACUGAAAGAUCAAUUGAAAAAAACGGAAGAACACUUGGCUGUUACUCAAAUGAGUUCGCGCGAAAAAUUAGAGAGAUCCGAAGAGAAAAAAAGCUCGGAGCUCAAAUAUUUGCGCCGUUGCGGAAUCGCCAUCGAGAUUGAUUUCCAGGAGAGAGAUAAGCAGCCUUGUCUCGUAAAUCUCGCGGCCGAUCCUAUGUUAUCCGGUACACUUUUGUAUCUCUUACCUCCAGGUUUGGUUCGUAUCGGAAGAAAUGCCCCGAAGAAUAAGCUCGAAGCCAAUCCCAAAGAGGAUAUCGUGUUGGAUAUCAUAUUGGAUGGACCUCUUGUUAGGGAAUUACACUGCUCUAUUGAAAACAGCAAGGGAAAGUUAAUCUUGACACCUGAGAUGGAUGGAGACACUUAUGUCAAUGGACAGAUGGUAACUGGAAAAGUGGUACUCAAAAAUGGUGAUCGUUUAGUCAUUGGUGGCAAUCACUACUUUAAAGUCCUAAAUCCAUUUGACGAAUCCUAUAAUGCUAAGCUUUCCACACAAGUGAUAGAUUUUGAAUUUGCGCACCAAGAAAUUCUUCGAAUACAGGAAGAAAAAUUAAGAGCAGAACUGGAGGAAUCAAAACAGAAAGCGAUAAAAGAACUCGAAAAUGCCAAACGCGAAAUGGAAUUGCAACUCGGUUCGCAAAAAUCGACAUACGAGCAGAAGAUAGAGAUUCUUGGUUCUACUCUGAAAGAACAGAAUCACGCACUCGAACAAAUCAAUCGUAGAAAAAAAGAGCUGGAAUUGGAAAGGGAGUUACUCGUCAAAGAGGUAGAAGUUAAUAAUAAAAUUAAGAAGAUACGGAUGGAGCAAAGUCACGCGAAUCUAUCACCGUAUAAAUCCAAUUUCCUGCAAGAACUCGAGAGUAUUUUGAAUGAAAAAACUGCGGACAUCGAGCAUGUGUUAAAGACAAAGCUCAAUGGAGAAACGAUAACCGCUGGUGGAAUCAGUCUACACGAGAUGCAAAUACUUGUCAAGGAAGCAACUCAGCGAUGUCAAGACGCUGGAUUUCAAUACGAAUUUCAUCAGCAACAAACCGUAGUGGACAAGAAUUUGCAAUCGGUGAUUCACAUUCGUGAUAAAAUUAAUUCGUUGGAAACGCUAUGGCAGCCGACAAACUUUCUGGAUUGGAUUUAUCGUCUGAGAAACUGUGACAUAGAGGAUUUGAUAAAAGAACUACGGCGUAAAGGCAAGUGGGAGUUUCACGGAAACGGGAGCACGGAAAUAUUUGAAGACUCUUUGAACAACAGCAAGAUCUCGAUAAAUAUGACUCCUGUGAAAAGACAAUUGAACGAAAGUAUUCAUUUCUCGAUGGAUGCAUCGAUGUUGGAAACGACGAUGUAUGAUCAUACGUCCAUAAUGCAUGAUCAACAAAAGGAUGUGAAUGCAUGUCUCACUCAAAUCGAAGUCGCCGCGAAAACAUUAAACAAGCUAUGCCGACGAUAUCAGAACAACAACAUUGAGCAGAUCGUCGAAUCGUUGGGUAAGAUGCAAGAUAUUAUCGAGUCUUUAAAAAGUAUUUUACAAAAUAAAGAUUCAAGUGAGAGCGAGGAUGUGAGUGCAAAUUCGAUAAACAGUGCCAAUAACACUGUUAUCGACAUGUCGAGUGAUAUAAAGAGCAUCUUUAAAAAUAAAGAUACUAAUGAAUGCAAAGAUAAAGAUGCUUUUUCAAUAGAUAGUAUCAGUAAUAAUGACGUAGAUAAGUCAACAACAGGAGGUGAUACUGAAAAUUGCUCAAGUCACAUGUCGCCGAAAAAAUCUAGUAUGCGUAAUAACGUACUAGAUAUGAAAACUGAAAAUGUUCAAAAAAACGUAAGAUUUACUAAUAAAACCGAACAAUAAUGAGUUUGACAAAAGCAGUAGCUUUUUAAAAUACUCAUUUGUUAACAAACUGCUACUAUAUUAUUUUAAAAAUAUAAAAAACGUAUAUAUUAUAUUAUUACUACAUAUAUCCGAUUUAGAUUUAUGCGACACAUAUUUAAUUUAUAUAUUUUAAUACGUUUUAUAAAUUUUUUUAUUGAAAUGCACCUUUAUGAAUUUUCAUUGUUUUAUUAUUUUGAUUAUUAUUCUAUAAAAUUUUUUAAUUUAACUUGUAUUAAAUAAGAUCUUAUUUUAUGUAAUCGAUUUGAAAGAGGCUUAGUAGCAAACUACUAAGAUAGAAUGUAUGCAUAAAGUUUGUCAUUUUAACAGGAUAUAAAAAUGAAAGUAGAAUUUAUAACAUGUCAAUUAUAAAGUGCUUUCAGUAACUUGUAAGAAAGUAGUAUGACUUGAAAAUAUUACAUUAUAAAUUGUAUAUUACUUAUGACUAAGAGUAAACUAAGAGUUAAUUAUAGAUUCUAACAUUGUAACAUACAACAAUGUUUAAAAAGUUUUUAAUACAUUUUUAUAUUUAAAUUUAAAACUGGAUUUAAUUUAAAACCUAUAAUUUGUUUUCCACAGAAAUAAAUUAAUAUUCACGACCUUGAAAGACUGUACAUGUAAAAAGGAUUGCCAAUAGUUUGUAAAUAUUUAUGUGCCAUAAGUGACAAUAAAUUUUUAUCAAAGAA